CUCAUCUAUCAACUUGUCUGAACGAAUACAUAACUCUACAUUCAAUUUUGCAUAUUCCCAAAUCACCACACCAUGGAUCUCCAAGGACAGCCCAUUCCCCCCGGCCAGAGAAGCACCAAGGUAUGUUACCUGGUCUUAAGUAUAUCCAUAACCAAAUGAAACACCCAAUAACCCUCAAAACAGGUCACCUCCGACCCGGAGCGCAUAAACAACCCCAUCCAGGAGCCCUCUGGCCCCAUUACCAACGACUCCUUGGCCGCUGAAUCAGCCACCAAGGGCGGUGCCUUCUCCCAGAACCGCGGAGCCCAGCCCAUGGGCGUAUCUGCUGGCCAGUCCACAGUCCGAAACACCAACACUAGCGGCGCCACCAAGCUCGACUCCAGCGCCGACACCCAGGAGAAGUACCCCGAGGCUCUGGGCGGACAGGGUAACUACCCCGGCGCUCACGAGCUGAAGAGCGGUUACGCCGGCGGUCCUACGUCUGCCAAAAAGGACCUCGGCAUCAACCAAGGCCAAUACCCUGCUUCUCAGAAGCUUUCUCAGCAGGGCCAGGGUAGUCAGCAGCAGCCAUCCGGUGGGGCUAGCUACAAGCAGCAAGCCGCCCCGGCCAGUGGCAGCGGCCACAGCAGCCAGAACAAUGCUGGAGCGGCGCCGUCCUACAUUGAGGACGUGACUAGUCACUUGGGCAACACUAAGCCCAAGGGCGCCAAUUUGAAGGAGGGUGAUAUCCCCGAUGACGCGCCCAAUGCUAGCUACACCACUGAUAUUGGUGGUGAGAAUGACCCUGGUCGCUUGGCACAGGCUGGCUUCCAGCGCAAGGCCGCUGAGAGUGGCCCAGAUGGUACCUCUGCUGGUAGACAGAAAGGUGUGGAUAACCAGCACUGGUACCAGCAUUUGCAAUCGGACCAGAGGGCAUAAUUGGGGCUAUGAUGGAUGAUGUUACGAAAAGCAAAGCGGGCUUUUUUUUUCUUUCUCUUAUCUUUGUGUAAUGUCUUAGGCCUGGUAGAAAAAGGCUCAACCUGGAGAGGACUGCGUCCUU